AUGAUGAGGGAAAUUUUGGGUGACAUAAUUAGGCCAACGCACUACGGAUUAGAAUGGGAACUUCCACGGAUAAGUGAUGUUUUGGAAACAAACUUCUUCUUACCUAUCCUAAUUUAUUUCAUUAUCUUACAAAUUCUUGGAUAUUUGGUCAAGCAACUUCUGUGGAUAAGUUAUUUACAAUUAACGCGCCAUCGGUUGCAGAACUUGACAGUAUCAUUGGUCCAUUCAUGUAUCGCGGGCUGCUCUUCAUUAAUCUUCUUUAUUACACGUCCAAUAGUCAUGUUGGAAGAUGCAAUACACUGGUACAAUCCAGUAGCUGCUCAAUUAAUUUAUUUUUCAAUGGCAUAUUUUCUUUACGACACCACGGAUGUUAUAAGAAAUGAUAGUUCCUGGCAUGCAUUCGUAAUCCUGGCUCAUCACACUGUAGUGUACAGUAUUUUUUCUAUUGGAAUGCUUUCGCACAAGUUUCUUCCAUACACUUACUGGGCCUUAAUGGUCGAAAUUAACACAAGUUUUUUACAUGUUCGUUCGAUCAUGAGACUUACCAAUCGAGAUCCAUGUAAAAACUUAUGUUACAAAACGAUCUCUUUACUUGCGUUUUUGACCUUUUUUGUUUUUCGACUUGGUACACUGUUAUGGAUGAUGCUUUUCAUGGUGAUGAACUAUGGGACAUUUCAUCCCUUCUACACAUAUAGCAGUUUAACCGCCGAAGUGUUUUUUUUUAUUUUCAGUAUAUUUCUUCUGCGGCACCUACUUAUUGAAGAGGGCAUUCUCGAAAAGGCAGUAUUAUAG